UGUCAUCACAAGAAGAGUGAGAUCUACCAAAAAAAAAAUCCAAAGGGUUAAAAGAAAAUCCUAAUUCACUUUCCUUCUCAAUCUCCUCGUUUUGAUUCGAUUCGAAUCGAGAGCUUAAUAACGAUGGGCGAUUUCAACCUCGCUCUGGUAAUCGUCGCCAUAGUCGUUUGUGUGCUUGUGUUCAUUUUCAAUGUCUACCUCCUCGUUAAUUACCAGCACCCGGACGACGCCAACCAAGCCUAUUUUCCCAAAUUCGUCGUCGUUUUGGGACUCUCCGUUGCCGCCAUUUCCAUACUCAUGUUACCGGCCGAUGUCGCCAACCGGCAGGCUUGUAGACACGCGAUAUACAACGGCGCGUGCAAUCUCACCUUGCCUAUGAAAGAUCUCUGGCUCGCCAUUUUCAUCGUCGACGCCGUGCUCGUUUUCUUCGUAAUUCCCUUUGCAAUGUUCUUCUACGAAGGGGACCAGGAUAAGAGUGUUGGCAAACGGAUAAAGAGCGCGUUGCUAUGGGUGGUGACAACUGCAAUAGUUUGUGCUCUCUUGCUUGGCAUACUAUAUGGUCUAGUUGGAAAGGUAGAUUUUUCUGUUAGGCACCUAUCUUCUGCGACUACUAAUUUCCCAAGCAAUUGGGAUUUCACCAAGAGUCAUCCAUGUAUUGGUGGAGCUGGAGCACAGUCGUGCUCUGCAUAUACUGCAAGUGCUUCAUCUGAAAAAACAUGGACUAUGCGUACUACAUUUCCAGAAUAUGUUGUCGCUCUUGCUACAAUUGUUGGAUCUCUUCUUUUCUCGAUAUUUGGUGGUGUAGGUAUUGCUUGUUUGCCUCUUGGGCUUAUUGCUUCAUUUAUCCACCGUCCAAAAGCUGUCAUCACUCGCUCACAGUAUAUUAAGGAAGCAACUGAACUUGGUAAAAAGGCAAGAGAACUGAAGAAAGCAGCUGAUGCACUUCAUCAGGAAGAAAGAAGCGGUUCUAAGGGUAGAAAGUGGCGUAAAAAUGUUAAGGCUGUGGAAAAGGAGUUGCUUCAGCUGGAAGAAGAUGUAAAGCUAUUGGAAGAGAUGUACCCUCAAGGAGAAAAGGCUGAAACAUCCUGGGCCUUGACUGUUCUUGGAUACUUGGCAAAACUUAUUUUGGGAAUCCUAGGGUUAAUUGUUUCAGUGGGAUGGGUUGCUCAUAUUGUCAUAUACCUUCUGAUUGAUCCACCACUGCAUCCCUUACUGAAUGAGGUUUUCAUCAAGCUGGAUGAUAUAUGGGGUCUUUUGGGUACUGCAGCAUUUGCAUUCUUUUGCUUCUACCUUCUGCUUGCUGUGAUAGCCGGUGCAAUGAUGCUUGGUCUGAGAUUAGUUUUCAUUACUAUUCAUCCUAUGAAGUGGGGAGGUACACUGAUGAACUCUUUUCUGUUCAAUGUGGCACUUAUUCUUUUGUGCUCAAUAAGUGUCAUACAGUUCUGUUCUACAGCAUUUGGGUACUAUGCUCAAGCAACCGCUGCCCAGGAAAUAUUCGGCCAUACUUUGCAGUCUCUUCGUGGAAUUAAAUAUUUGUACAAGUACAAUGUGUUCCAAAUCGCAUUCCUCGCUCUAGCAGGGUUGACCUUCUUAUAUUAUGUUGCCUUUGGCUGGAGAAGAAAAAAGCCUAGCGGCAAAUUCCAACUUUUGUCCUAAGAAUGUUUUCCGUAGAAGAUGAUGCACUCUCUCGAGGCAUCAGAAUUCUCUGUUUAUCAUCCCUUUCGGAGUGCGUUUCAUAUGCUCGGACGACCACAGCCUGAUUUUGCCGUAACGUGGAAGGUAGGUAAAUCCCGUCCGAGUUAAAUUUGGUUUGCCUGAAAUAGGAGCACGAGAGUGCUGCUAGUCUGCUACUAUUCUUUUAAUGCUUGCUUUCCUCGCCUUUUGUAUGCAUGUAUGCACUAAUUUUUUAAUUUGAUUAAUGCUUCCACAUUUUGGCUUGGGCAUCUAAUUGAGGUAUCCUUGAGAGUUGACUCGACUCGUGGGAAUUGGGUUUGUCGAACUUGUUUUCAUGCAUUUGUAACGACAAAAAAAGAAUUAAUGAACAAAUUCGUUGUUUGGUUGGAAUCA